GGGCAAUGGAAGGGACAGUAAUGUUCUUUGUGGAAGGCACAAGUUUCUCUUAGCCAAGAGAGAUGGGCCUGCUGACCUUGUCAGAGCAGUCCAGCACAAGACAGCCCUUGAGAGGGCCUUCCCUGGGAGACUCUUCAUGAACUGAGCAGCCUCCUGGCACUGGGAAGCAGCAGCAGAAGCAGCAGGAGGAGGAGGAGAAGACCUCAAACUUGGGACCCACCCUCUCAGGAUGAGCGGUGAUUGGCUAAUCUUGUCCUUGUUAGAGUGUCGUUUUGCACAUGCUUGGAUUGUAUUGUUCUAAGUGGAAAAUGGUUUAUGUCAAGACUUCCAAGAGAUGGGCUAUGCAGAAGGAGAAGGAGGCACGGCCCAGUCAGAGAGCCCUUUGCCUGGCCCAAUGCAGGCUUGAAGCUUAGCCGUGUGACUUCCCCAGUGGAUUUCCUGCAGCUGGAGAUAAAUAGGGGGCUAAUCUCCAAGGACGAUGAACCUCAUGAUGGGCCUGGGCCUGUUUCUGGCAGGUCUCCUCAGUGUGAAUGGUCUCCUGCAGGCUGGAGAUGCUCCAGAUAUGUAUAAGUCUCCAGUCAAGGUACAAGAGUGGAGGGGCAAGAAGGACGCCCUAGUGCUCGCACAACGCAACAUGCAAUUUGGCUUCAAGUUACUCCGGAAGCUGGCUAGCAUUGCUCCUCGGCAGAAUAUUUUCUUCUCUCCACUGAGCAUCUCGAUUGCCUUCUCCAUGUUGUCUCUGGGGUCUCAGAACUCCACUCUGGAAGAAAUCAAAGAGGGCUUCAACUUCAAGGGGAUGCCAGACAGGGACAUGCACACGGGUUUCUACUACCUUCUGCAGAAGUUCAACCAGGAGACACAGGACAUCAAGAUGAACCUGGGCAAUGCCUUGUUCAUGGACCAGAAGCUGAGGCCCCGGCGGAAGUUCCUGAGACUGGCUAAGACUGUGUAUGAUGCGGACAUGAUGCAAACUAACUUCCAGGACUUAGAAAAUGCUCAGAGGGAGAUCAACAAGUACGUCAGUCAGAAAACACACAACAGAAUCAACAACCUGGUCAGAAGCAUAGACCCAGGCACCGUGAUGCUUCUUGCAAACUACAUUUACUUUCGAGCCAGGUGGCAGUAUGAAUUCAAUCCAAAAGAAACCAAAGAGGGACAGUUCUUCGUAGAGGAAGGCAAGAGCGUGAAGGUACCCAUGAUGUUCCACGAGGGCAUCUAUGACAUGGCCUAUGACAGCCAGCUCUCCUGCACCAUCCUAGAAUUGCCCUACAGAGGAAACAUCACGGCCACCUUCGUCCUCCCCGACAGCGGCAAAAUGAAACAACUGGAGCAGGCCCUGAAGACAGACAUCUUUGCCAAAUGGAAAAGCCUGCUCUCAAAAAGAGUGAUAAAAGUGUGGGUGCCCAGGCUCCACAUCUCUGCUACUUACAACCUGAAGAAGGUUCUCUCACGCCUGGGCAUCAGCAAAAUCUUUGAGGAGCAUGGUGACCUCACCAGGAUCUCAUCUCAUCGCAGCCUGAAAGUGGGAGAGGCUAUACACAAGGCUGAGCUGAAGAUGGACGAGAAGGGUGCAGAAGGGGCUGCAGGCUCUGGAGCCCAGACACUGCCCAUGGAGACCCCAGUAGAUAUGAAGUUAAACAAGCCCUUCCUGAUAAUGAUUUAUGAGGAGUCCACACCUUCCAUGAUCUUCUUGGCAAGGAUUUCUGACCCUAGUGGGAAAUAAAGGAAUUAAGGGAA